AUGUAUGUUGACAUCGGAGGAAUUCACACUUCAGACCCCAAAGUAAAACCAAGUUACCAACAAAGGGGUCAAAGUCAGGGUGAUCAAACUGCUGCUUCUCUUCCUUACGUCAGAGAAGCUGGAAGAAAGACUGACUUCAAUUCUUCAGAACCUCGAAGAUCAGCAUAUGUCGUCUACCGUACUGUCACCGUCAACCAAGAACCAAAGUUCAAUGGAUCUACAGAAACAAACCACGCGGAGCUGGUGAAGAACCGUCCCUGUACAGAAGUCAAGAAGAAGAAGAAGUGGAUGUCUGAGGAGCCAAGAAAUUCACCCAAUACAGUAACAGGCAAAGGAAUUCACACUUCAGACCCCAAAGUAAAACCAAGUUACCAACAAAGGGGUCAAAGUCAGGGUGAUCAAACUGCUGCUUCUCUUCCUUACGUCAGAGAAGCUGGAAGAAAGACUGACUUCAAUUCUUCAGAACCUCGAAGAUCAGCAUAUGUCGUCUACCGUACUGUCACCGUCAACCAAGAACCAAAGUUCAAUGGAUCUACAGGUGGGUUCCUGCUUACCCAGGAUCCUUAAGAUGCCUCCAAGAUACCUGCCUGUAUCGUGCUGCUUUCGGGUUUGCCCCUGCAGGGGAAUAUUAAGUUAUUUACGCCUAAAUACGGGCAGGAGUAAAUUCGAUCCAGCACAGAUUGAGGCAGUAUCCACAGACAGAAAUG